AUGCCCCCAAGUCGACCUCGCAACAGAAAGCAACGGAGCUGUCCUUGGUGCUCUCAGUCCUUCACCAAGGAGGAUCAUCUCUCGCGCCAUAUCAGAACCCACACGAAGGAGAGACCGUUUCUUUGCUCUGUCUGUGGUAAACCUUUCAGUCGCCAUGACUCCCUUCUGCGACAUGCACGUAAUCACGGAGAGGCUAGUCCCCAGCAGCCCAGACUUCCAGAGCAGCCAAUGUCUGCCCGGAAUCCCCAAGUUGGUAAUACCCUCUGUGCUGGUCCCAGAUUGGAUGACAGCAUUGCUUUGGAUCCACUACAAACGCCGCCUUUAUUGUUAGAUACGCCGCCUUUGUCAUCGGCUGGCCAUCCAGAAUCCGGAAAUGUAUCUACAUUUCCUUUUUCUUCAAAUGCUGGAAAAGGCGAGUGCCUUACGAUACUAGAAGCCAGCGGAAAUAGCUCGACAGUUGACAAGGCAUACGAACGGGGUCCACAGCAACCAGGGCCGGCAGCCAGCUCUCCCAGUGGCUGUCCAAGUUCCCUAAGUCCACCGGACAAUGCAUUGAAUGAGAACUUACAGUACCAGACCUAUGAUUGGUCACUUGAGAGUAUGACACAGAUCCCCACUUGGCUCGCUACUGAUGACUUUGAUAUCAAUGCAUUGAAUGCUGCCAUUAUUGCAUCGACCAACAUACCAGCGUUGUUGCAGAACUCGGCAACCAUGGGUCCAAUAAGCGACCUGAUUCCACAGACAGGAGAAACUCUACCAAGUGACACGGAAAAGUCCGAAGACAUUGUUUGCCGUCACUGGUUCACUCAUCCCGAAGCACCAGGUACAGAUCAUGGAUUGCCAGAUCCGGGAUCAAGGGCAACCGUUGAUGAGCCAUACCGACAAAGUUUGACUGAGCGUCUACAAUAUCGGGUUCCAACAGACCCCUUGCCCUCAACGGACUUCCUAAAUAUGUGCAUACAGAUGUACUUUGCUAGAUUUCAUCCAAUAUUUCCCGUAGUCCAUGCGCCAACAUUCCGACCUUCAACUGCAAACGCUUUGCUGUUACUUUCGAUUUGCUCAAUCGGUAGUCUGUUUCUAGGCUCCAGACAUGGUAUUUCUUGUGGCACCAGGAUCUUUGAAACACUCAACAAAGCUAUACUAGCAUCCUGGGAAACCUACAUUGGCAAAGGGGAGCCUGAAGUCCGGUCCAUGUCUCAGGCGGCUUUGAUAGGUCAGGUGUUUGGUUAUUUGAGCGGAAAGCCCAGACAUCUCCUGCUGAUCCAGGUUUUUCACGGUACCAUAAUUACGUGGGUCCGGAGGAUUCGGGUGCUUCGCAGUCACCAGUCGACAUGUGAGAUUAAAAGAGAGGAAAUCGAACGCGACCCAGAGGGAGCGUGGACUAAAUGGGUUGCCAAAGAGGAGCAACGCCGGUUAGACGACCCAAGCAUUCGCUGA